AAUAGAAUUGUCCAACUCUUUGAGACGAACACCUAUUCGGUUGUCAACAUUUUCGACGUAACAUUGCGGCCUCAGCUUAAUGUGACUGGUGCAGUUGAGGUUCCGGAGGGCAAUGGUUCUGGAGUAGUCUGGGAUGGACAAGGACAUAUUGUGACAAAUUAUCAUGUAAUUGGUAAUUCCCUCACAAGAAAUCCAAGCCCUGGGCAGGUUGUUGCGCGGGUUAAUAUUUUAGCAUCAGAAGGGGUACAAAAGAAUUUUGAGGGCAAGUUGGUUGGUGCUGACCGCGCAAAGGACCUAGCUGUUUUGAAGGUUGAAGCCCCUGAAGAGCUAUUGAAGCCAAUCCUUGUGGGGCAGUCAUAUUUGCUAAGAGUGGGGCAACAAUGUUUGGCAAUUGGAAAUCCGUUUGGCUUUGAUCACACCCUCACUGUUGGAGUGAUUAGUGGAUUGAACCGAGACAUUUUUAGUCAAACUGGAGUCACAAUCAGUGGCGGAAUCCAAACAGAUGCAGCCAUCAAUCCUGGAAAUAGUGGAGGGCCCCUGUUGGAUUCCAAAGGAAAUUUAAUUGGGAUUAACACUGCAAUAUUUACUCAGACAG